UCUAUGCCUCAGGAAGAGCAGUCACCUGGGAUGGACACUCGACCAGGUGAAGAACCCUUAGAUAAGCAAAAUGAAAAACAGAAAAAGGAGGAAGAGGGGAUGGAGUUUAAGGAACUGGAAGGGCUGAGGGAAGCCUUGGCAAACCUGAGGGGGCUGUCCGAGGAGGAGAAGGGUGAGAAGGCAAUGCUUUGCUCCCGUAUCCAAGAGCAGUCCCAGCUCAUCUGCAUUCUGAAGCGGAGGGCCGAUGAGGCCCUGGAACGCUGCCAGAUCCUGGAACUGCUCAAUUCAGAGCUGGAGGAGAAGAGGAUGCAGGAGGCACAAAAGUUGAAAGCCCAAAGUGAGCAUGCCCUGAAACUGGAGGACCGUUUCAGGACCUUGGCAGCCAACCACGAGUUGAUGAUCCGCUUUAAGGAUGAAUACAAGAGUCAGAACAUCAAGCUGAAGGAAGACAAUGAGAAGCUGAAAUUGGAGAACAGCAAUCUCUUCAGCCAGGCUCUGAAGGACAAGGAGGCCAAAGUAUUGCAGCUGACCACUAAGAGCGAGGCACUCACCAAGGAGCUGGAGGCUCUGAAAGAGAGGUGUGCUCAGGAUGCCUGCCAGGCACAGGCCCGAGAAAAGGAGCUGUUGGAGCUACAGAGCCAGCAGGACUUCGCCCACAACAAGGAGACAGAGCAGCUGCGCAGCCAGCUGCAGAGCCUCCAGCAGCAGUACCAACAGGCCAUUGAACAGAUGGCAAAGGCCCAGGAGACACACAGCAGCCUGAGUCAGGAGCUGCAGGACAGGCUGCAGACCAUCACUCAAGAGAAAGAGGAGCUUCUGCAGCUGUCCAUGGAGAGGGGCAAGGUGCUUCAGAACAAACAGGCAGAGAUCCGGCAGCUUGAGGAGAAGUUGGAGGCAGCAGAUAUGGCUAGGAGGCAUGCACUAGAGCGCUUUGAGCAAGAGGCAGUGGCUGUAGACAGCAACUUGAGAGUCCGGGAACUUCAGCGCAGAAUGGAUGGGAUCCAAAAGGCCUAUGAUGAACUCAAGCUGCAGUCAGAAGCCUUCAAAAAGCACAGCCUGGAUCUUUUAAGCAAGGAGAGAGAACUCAAUGCCAAACUCCGCCAUCUCUUUCCAUAA